CUGCACUGCGGUGUGGUGUUUGUGUUCAACAGAAGUGGUAGUUGGUAACUGCCUUUGCAUGAAUUCUCUUUCUACAAAUCAUCCUAGUGAGUUUCUUAAUAGUGUUAAUUGCUUUUGUUAAUGCGGAGAAAAUUAAUUCCUUCUGAAUUUUUAAUAGCCUUUCCUCGCUUCAAAUAUCAUAGUUAUACUCAUUGGAGUAGAUCCUAUUCAGCAGAAUAUUUUUCAGAUUUUCAGACACAACAAAGUGUGACCUGUUUAGCUUAAUGGUUGUGUUGAGAAGAAGUGAGCGUGAUGUCGAACAGGCGAAUUUGAAGCAGUUCACGGUAAAAUAUCCACGCUUUAUACUGGGUGACUGGAAUCGUAAGCUAAUAUUGGCUUUGCGAUUUUACACCAAGAGGUGAUUAUUAUAAUAAGAAAGAGUUUAUUCAUGGUGUCUUACCCUUUGUAAAUUACCAGUUUUAAGACGCUCGGCCCCUCGAUCUUUCUCGAGUUUUGCGUACCAAAUGCUGCAAAUAACGGUAAAGGGAACGAAAAGGUAUUCAAAGAUUUUUAAAAGAGAUUCUAUUUCCAGGAGUGGCGGACUGAAAUGUCCAUUACUCAUCAGAAAGUGUCCAAGAAUAGUUUUUUUCUUUGUGAAAUUUAGCGCUUUCCGUUCAGAAUAGUCGCAUGUCACUUUCACAACUCCAUUUCUAUGGACAUAGGCACUUUCAUGAUUUGCAGUUUUGUUACUGUAUUAUUGCUAGGUAAUCAUUAUUAAGUUAUCUAAGAUUGUGUCAGUUGUCAAAGGUUCGUUAUUGACCUUCUAACCAUACUGUUAACAGUACAAAAUAAAAAGACAGUGGUAGAGAAUGCUUUUUUUAUCGACUGACGGACGGUUCUCCCACCUCAGUGAAUAUAACUGUGAGGAUCAUGUAUCCUUUGUUCUAAUGGCCGUUGUUUACUAUUUUUUAUUUUGCCAGAUGAGUGUUUAUUUCAAAGGAAUACGAGGGGUAAUGAAGGGUACAUGAUGGAGAACGACGAAAUCAGAGCAAAACUAAGGAGAAGCAUGGAAGAUCUUAAGGCUUUUAGAUCUACAGGUACGAGUUCAUGAUAUGCAUCUAGCGACCACCCUUCUAUUGUCAAAUCCCCUCCCCCACCCCCCCCCCAAAAAAGGGAGAAUUGUACGAUUUCAAAUCCGCGAUAGAUACCCUUUUAAGAGUACCAAUCUCGUCUCCACAGGCUGUGUUGCUACCGAGGCAGGUAGACCUCGAAUUCAAAGGUUCGCGUGACAGUUGAUUUUGGCGCUAGACGUAACGAUUUAGGUGACUUGGCUUUGUUUGUCAAGCCAACAAGAUGAACUCUUGUGUUUACAUUCCUUUCUCACUGCUGACGUCGUUGUUUGCGCCUCAGAGUUAUGCAACACAAGUAUGCUGCAACUGAAAGAACUCUUACUGAUUCGGACUUUCUGCAAACAAAAGUUUGACUUGGCCUAUGAAAUGCUCAGGAAUGUGACCACAUUCGAAGUUAGGUGACUAUAAAGUAAUGUCAGGUCUAUAUCCCGCUAAUUCCAGUGCUGCAGUGAAAUCGAGGUCAGGAUACUUCUAUUCGGUGGUGGAAGCGGAGACGUAAAACAAUGAAUCACGAAUCUUGGGAAAAAAGAUGUGAAUAAAUCAUGAAUCAUUGGGUAAAAAAGGCAGGAAUCAUAAAUAGCGAAAGACAAAUGAUUCCCCUUCCACCUCCAAAUUUUCAUGCGUUUUUUAAUAGAAUCGCAAAGUACUUCUCAAAGUAUGUCAUAUUUCCCUAAUCAUGCACCCUCCAUAAUAUACCAACUAACAGAUCAAGUACUUGAUAACGUUUAAGCAGCGUGUAUGAACAUUCAUUUUUUUAGAUUUGUCAUUUCCAAACGACAUUUUUGAGAGGAUCCGUCAGCUGUAUAGAACUCGUGAACAACGCCUUCUGCCUGUCCCUUGGUGUGAAGAUUUCAGCUUUCAUUUGAAUGAUAUUUUUACAAGAUUAAAAAUCUCAGGCAAAGAAAAGACCCGAGGAGUACUUACUGACGAGAUACCUAAUAUGACUGCUAUAUUUAAGGCGCACAAAGAAUGUUUAAGCCCUAGAACAAUCUUGAUCGAGGGAGAUCCUGGCAUGGGAAAAACCACAUACUGUCAAAAGCUGGCGUAUGAUUGGGCAACUAAGAAGGACAAAUGGGAUCCAUCUUUUCCAGAGAUUGAAGUGCUACUGCUUCUCAAAUGUAAUGAAAUUCAAUCCAACAUCUGGGAGGCUAUUGAUGAUCAAAUUUUACCCGAAGAAAUGGAAGAUCAAUCUAAGGAAUGGUUCUUUAAAUUCAUUCGCGAAAAUCAGUCGGAAGUUCUUUUAGUUCUCGAUGGAUUGGAUGAAGUGGAUCCUAGUAACCUCAAAUUACUCUCCAGCCUUAUUCAAGGUAAAGAACUUUCACGUUGCUACAUUGUUGUCACAUCUCGUCAUGAGGCUGGAAGUACAGUAAGGAGGUACUUUGACACUCUGUGGGAAAUUGAAGGAUUUACCAAGACAGAUGCAACAAGCUUUAUUCUAAAAUACUUUGAAAACAUCAACAAAGAGCACUUAGCCUGGAAACUUAUAGAACGCAUAUGGCCAUGGUAUCACUUCUCCUUUCGAUCUGAGCCACAACAGGAUAGAGACCUGAGUGAACUGACAAAAAAUCCCUUAAACACUGCCUUACUGUGUGUUAUAUAUGAGGAUUUUGAGGGCGUGUUUCCAGCGAGUAGAACUGAAUUGUAUACGGAGAUUGUGCUUUGUGUUUUAAGAAGAUAUGAACAGAAGCAAGGUUUAUCGAGCAAGAAUGAAGAUCUAAUGACCGUUUACAAAAACGAAUUAAUAGAUCUUGGAAGAAUGGCUUUAGAAUCUCUUCUAAAAGGAGAGUUGUACUUUGAGGAACAUAAAUCUGACGGUGGCCUCAUUGUCUUAUCCAAGUUCGGAUUCCUUUCACUUCAGGCUGGUGGCAGUAAGAGGAAAGUUGUUGUGCGUUAUACCUUUCUUCAUAAUAGCUUUCAAGAGUUCUUUUCUGGUUUCUAUCUUGCUUACAAACUCAUUGAGGGAGAAAUUGAGUGCCAAUCAGUGGUGACGGACCAAAGAUAUGAGAACGAACUAUAUCAAGUCUUUCUAUUUAUGAUCGGGAUUUUAGUUUCAACAAGUGAGAAAACCGCACAGUCUCUCGUUACAUAUAUGGCUAGAAAUAUCACAAGUCUUCAGUCUGCGAGAGACAUUUCAAAGCGUUUUGCAUUUUGUUUAGGUUGUUUAUCAAAACACGAAACUUUAGUUUGCACCUUAGGGGAGCACCUUCUCAUUUCUUAUUUGAAAUUGGAACCACCAAUUUCGAAUGAGGUUGUGUCUCUUUCCAAGGUCCUUUCAGUCAACUCCUCCUUAACUCAUUUGGAUUUGAGUAAGAACAGUAUUGGUGAUUCUGAAGCUGCAUCUCUUUCUCAGGCUCUUGCAGUCAACUCCUCCUUAACUAAUUUGGAUUUGAGUAGGAACAGUAUUGGUGAUUCUGGAGCUGCGUCUCUUUCCCAGGCUCUUGCAGCCAACUCCUCUUUAACUAAUUUGAAUUUGAGUACGAAGAGUAUUGAUUUUUCUGGAGCUGCGUCUCUUUCCCUGGCUCUUGCAGUCAACUCCUCCUUAACUAAUUUGGAUUUGAGUACGAACAGUAUUGGUUUUUCUGGAGCUGCGUCUCUUUCCCAGGCUCUUGCAGUCAACUCCUCCUUAACUAAUUUGUAUUUGAGUAGGAACUUUAUUGGUGAUUCUGGAGCUGCGUCUCUUUCCCAGGCUCUUGAAGUCAACUCCUCCUUAACUAAUUUGAAUUUGAGUAGGAACUUUAUUGAUGAUUCUGGAGCUUGGUCUCUUUCCCGGGCUCUUGCAGUCAACUCCUCCUUAACUAAUUUGGAUUUGAGUAUCAACAUUAUUGGUUUUUCUGGAGCUGAGUCUCUUUCUCAGGCUCUUGCAGUCAACUCCUCCUUAACUAAUUUGGAUUUGAGUAGGAAUAGUAUUGGUGAUUCUGGAGCUGCGUCUCUUUCUCAGGCUCUUGCAGUCAACUCUUCCUUAACUAAUUUGGAUUUGAGUAGGAACAGUAUUGGUGGUUCUGGUGCUGCGUCUCUUUCCCAGGGUCUUGCAGUCAACUCCUCCUUAACUCAUUUGGAUUUGAGUGGGAACAGUAUUGGUGAUUCUGGAGGUGCGUCUCUUUCCCAGGGUCUUGCAGUCAACUCCUCCUUAACUAAUUUGGAUUUGAGUUGGAACAGUAUUGGUGGUUCUGGUGCUGCGUCUCUUUCCCAGGGUCUUGCAGUCAACUCCUCCUUAACUCAUUUGGAUUUGAGUAGGAACAGUAUUGGUGAUUCUGGAGCUUCGUCUCUUUCCCAGGCUCUUGCAGUCACUUCCUCCUUAACUUAUUUGAAUUUGAGGGACAACAGUAUGGGUGAUUCUGGAGCUACGGCUCUAUCCCAUGUGAGCACGGUUAAUACAACGGUUCUCCUAGGUGAUCUUCUU